AUGACAGUGUCAGUGAUGGUGUUGGGCAUGAUCAUGUCUGUGCUUGAUCUUUCGUGGGCUUUAGUUGAGAAGCCCUGCAGGGGGUCUGUGUUCAUCGCCACCAGCGCAGAUGGUUUCAUUGCCAAGCUGGACGGGUCUGUGGAUUGGCUGAAUGAGGCGAACGAGAGCAUGUCCCAAGGCACACCGGAGGGCCAGGAUGCCGACAGUCACUUCAAGUCCUUCCUGCAGUCGGUGGACGCCAUUGUCAUGGGCAGAAAGACCUUCGAGUCGGUGCUCACCUUGUGCACGGAGCAGACGUGGCCCUACGGCAAUACACCGAUGGUGGUACUGACAAGCAACGCUGGCAGUGUUAGCGAGCGUGUACAGAUCCCGGAGUAUCUCAAGGGCAAGGUGACGCUGGAGAAAGGUAGCCCCUCAGAGGUGCUGGCCCUGUUAGCAGCCAGGCAUGGGGCCCGGGAUGCAUAUAUCGAUGGAGGUGUCACUAUUCGUGCCUUUCUUGAAGCGGGCAUGAUUGAUCGGGCAAUUGUCACCACCGUGCCCGUGACAUUAGGUGAGGGGCUUCCCCUGUUUGAUGCGAAGCACAAGGCACUUUUGCAGGAGAUAAUGGUAAAGAAGUUUGGGAAUGGGUGUGUCCAGACUACAUAUAAUGUCCGGUCUUCAGCCCACCCCUAA